AUGCAGGGGCAGCAAGAUGCUGGUGGUAGCCCUAAGCGUCAGGAGAGCUCGGCCGCCGCCGCGUGCUUGGUGCGUGGCCCCAUCAUCGUGGGCGGGGCCGUCCGGGCUGGCCGUGGCGGCGACGCUGAGCCAGCACGCGGUGCCCUUUACGGUGCUGGAGCGCUCCGACGGCAUCGCCGACCUGUGGACGAACCGCACGUACGACCGGCUCCGGCUGCACCUCCCCAGGUGUUCUGCGAGCUCCCGCACGCGCGCUUCCCGGCCGACUUCCCCACGUACCCGACGAAGCACGACUUCCUCCGCUACCUGCGCUCCUACGCCGCGCGCUUCGACGUGUCCCCGCUGUUCGGGCGCACGGUGACCCGCGCGCGCUACGACGCGGACGCGUCGCUCUGGCGGGUCACCGCGGUGUCGUCGUCGACCUCGGCCGCCGCGGACGGCGGCGUGGCGACGACGACCGAGACCGAGACCGAGUACGUGUCGCCGUGGCUGGUGGUGGCCAGCGGGGAGAACGCGGAGGUGGUGGUGCCGACGGUGAAGGGAGGGGAGAGGUUCGCCGGGAGGUGCUGCACUCCAGCGCGUACAGGAGCGGGGAGAGGUUCAAGGGCAUGA